AUGGGUAGUGAAACUGGUUCUGCCAAGAAAAAGAUAAGCAUGCUCCUCACUACCAAAAACAUACAAGAAAUAAAGGACUACCAUAUGCGAGGUACUUUUCCAGUUUUCGGUACACGAUUCCAAAAGCGAGAUUUCAAGAAGAAGGCCAAGAUGUUUGUUACUACUAGCAAGGGAGUGCUUAUGCGGGAAGUAAACGGUGGGCUUUUGGCCGCGGUGGGAGACGAUGACAAGGCAUGCAUAAGAAACAUAUGCAUGUAUGCGCACGACUUCCACAGCCACUCCAAGGUGGGAAGCAGCUGGAAAAGAAUCCGCGCGCACUGGAUGGGCUUUAAAAAACAGCACCUGCUGGACUGGGUUUCCAAGUGCGCAUACUGUAUUUCAAAAAGCCAAAGCCCGGAGAAAAAGGCCGAGUUCAAGCAUAAGAUUCCCGUAAUCAAGCCGGUAAGCGCCAGCUUUUCCAUGGAGCGGCUCCAAAUUGACUGCAUUUCUAUGGCAGAGUACGCCGAACACAACGACGGCUUUAUGUACGCCAUGCACGUCAUGGACGUAUACUCCCGAUACCACUUUGCAUAUCCGCUUCGCGACAAAAGCGCGCGCGAGAUAGUCGCAUGUCUGGGCCUACUGUUUGAGAAGGUGGGGUGGCCAUACAUAGUUCAGACAGAGCUGGAGCCGAUGUAUUUCUCCUCCGAGAUGGCCGAUCUUCUUGUUUCCAAUAAAGUUCUCCAUGUCUACCCAAACGAAGAGUGUGCGCCAUCAAUGAAAAUAAUUACAAAAACGCGGAUGGCGUUUAAGAAAAAGCUCACGGGGCUGAUGGACGGGCAAAAAACAGAGGGGCGCUGGAUUGAGGUCUUGGGCGAGAUGAUCGCAGCGUGGAACUCCGAGUUUCUGCUCAGCACCAUGACCCGCCCGAGCAGGCUGUUUCGAGUAGGGCCUCCUGACCUAGAGCAAUACAUGCAGCCGCCCGAGCACAGCGAAAGGCAUAUAUAG